CGCAAUUUGACUGAUUACAGCGUGUGAAGCUGAGAGAGCAGUGGACGGAAGUAAACGGAUGAAGGAGUCAAAGUGGAAGAGGAGAAGAAAUGGGCGGUGGAUCUUUGCUGCCUGAGCUGAUCGGCUCGGCUAACCCCAGAAGGGUCUAGUGGGUCCUGAGCUGGUCAGUGACGUUGAUGGCGUCUCUCUCUUCUGCCUCGACUUUUGGCUCAUCUCUGGUUCUUGGUCUGGCUCCGUUCCUGAUCCUUUCUUCUUCUCAAGUGAAAUACAAGAAUCGAUUCUCAUUCUAAUAUUCUACAUUUACAAAUCCUCAAAUCCCAAAAGCACUUCACGAUGGCUGCCUCGUCCGUUUCCUCCGCUGUCAACUUCACCCUUCCUUCCUCCAGUUCUGGCUCUUCCAUUAAGCGACCUAUCAAGACAGUCUCUAAGCCUUGUUUUGGUUGCGACUGUGGAGAUGAAGAAUGCGAUUGCUGCGUUUGCACUGUGAUGUG